AUGUUCACGAUGGUGGUCGAGGUCAUGCCGCAUGCUUCGAAGUUGUUCUAUGACAGCGAGCCCGGCAUCGUUGCCGAGGGUGUUGUUCGGGAUAUCGACACGGUUAUCCUCAGGCUCAACCCUUUUUUCCUUUCAUGUUCUCCAAUGGGUUUCGGCAAGCCGUUUGAGCACAAUACCGGUGAACGUCUGCUUGGUUUUACUGAGCGGGUGUGGCCGCUUGUUGCUGACGAUGUUGCUGUCCCUGCUGUCUGGAUGCUCAACCUGCCUCUCAAUGUCCCGUUUGAGGCUUUGGUCCCAGGAAUGUUUUUAUCUAAGCCGACAUUGGGGGCUCAACGGUCACUCACUAUCUUCGAUCACCAAUGGAGCGAGCUGACUGGGCAGUAA